AUGCGUGCACAGAAGAAGGCUGCCGUGGCUGCUCCUGCCACACCCAAGGCCGACUCGGGUGAUGAGGCCCCUGCUACUCCCGCCACUGGAGUCAAGAAGACUCCCAGAAAGCCCAGAGCUCCUCCCAAGCCUUUCAACAAGCUCUCCACUGCUCUCAGUGGUGCCGCUCCUGUCGACGUUACUUACGAAAACGAUACCACUCAGAGCAAGGAAGCUGGCUUCGGCCAGACUAUCAAACUGGUCGCUCCUCAGCCUUUCGAGCUGGUCGCUUCGUACAUGCUUGACAACGGUCUUCAGGCCAUCGUCGUCAAGCCCAGCGCACCCUUCCCUUUCAUGAAGCUGCCUACCCACCUGCGCACCAGAAUUCUGAAGCUGUACCUGACUCCUACCACCAACAAGGGUAGAAUUGAGCUCACUACCGAGACCAAGAGUGGCAACGUCAAGGCCAAGGACUACCUCAAGGAGUUCAAGCACAGAGCUGCCAUGGCAGUUCUGAACAAGCAGGUUAGCAUAACACGUCAACAAUCUUUCUUCGUAGCCCGAACUGAUCAUGAUUGUCUAGCUUNNGCUGCCGAGGCUCGUCUGAUCCUCUACAACUUCAAGCUUCGCUUCGACAACACCACCACCCUGCUCAACUUCCUCAGCAUGGCUGGAGACGAUACUCGCAAGGCUAUGUCAGGUAUUACCAUCACCAGCUACGUCAAGACCACCGCUAUGCCUUGCAUGAACAUGUUGGCCGACUGCCGCAACCUCAAGAGAGUUACCAUCGUCGGCGGUGUCGGCGUCAACACUACUGCCCAGAAGGCUGCAAAGAACUUCUUCACUGAGAGCGGCCGCCUGCUCCAGGCCAUCGUCAACGCAGCUGACGGCGACAAGGAUGCCGCUCUCAACGUUGUCACCUUCGGCAAGAACUGCUUCACCGUCAAGGAAGAGGAUGAGGUUGUUGGCUGGGACGACGACGACAUCAACACCUUCGUUGAAGAGGUCACUGAGAAGCUCAAGUAA